AUGACGGCGUCCGCGGCAGUGACCAUCCACGACUCGGACGAGUUGCUGUGUCUACUUUUGCAAUCGGUACCCUCGCGACAACACCGGCGUUUUCGCAAGCAACCCACGAUGGAGACGGACGAACUCAUGCUCGCGCCCGCGCUCGACAACCAGCUCGACCCAGCCAGGCAGGGAGGAGGUGGGAUGCUGGCAAGGAUCGGCGCGCUCUUCAGCCGCAUCACGCGUGUCAAGCACGAAUCCAACGAGCACCAUCCCGUCGUCAUCGUCAACAAUAGCAUCGUCGAUACUCCCGUCGAGGACAAGGAGGACGAGCUGGAGGUCGAGUACAUCCUGCUUGCCGACAAGUGCGUCCACCCCCGCGCUACACCAGCCAAGGGAAAGAAAGACGGACGAAGAGGUCGCUGCACGCGGCCACGCAGGCAGAGAAAAGCCAAAUCCAGCAUCGCUUCACCCCCAAUCAUCCGACACCGACCUCAGCUCAAGCAAGCUGCCAAAGCACGCAGCAAGAUUCGAUCGCCUGGCUUCUAA